AUGCUGGGAUUUUCAUAUGGAGAGGUAUUUCUAUUGCUUGGUGCUACUGCUGCUCUUAUUGGACCUAAAGAUCUACCAAUCAUCGCAACAACAGUAGGCAGAUUUGCUGGGCGUUCCAUUGGUUAUGUUCAAUUGGCCCGUGGCCAGUUAGAAAGUGUCAGGCAGCAGUCCCAAUCUCGCCAGGUGCAUAAGGAACUGCAAGAUACCAUGGCUCAACUAGAAGCUAUACGUCAUGAAAUUCGAACAAUCUCUUUUAUGAAUCCUGGUCCACUGACAUCAAGGCUAGUGGACAACAUCAACACUACAGCUAGGGAUAACAUGACUGCAAAUGGACCUCAAAAAUCUGAUGAAGAGAGUACAAUCGUUGAAAAUGGACCUAAAAAAUCUGAUGAAGAGAUUACAAUAGUUGAAAAUAGACCUCAAAAAUCUGAUAAAUAG